AUGUCUCCAGCUAGCACCAGCCUCAAGGUGUCUCUUAUUAUCGUCGUGCCGCCAUCAAUCGGCUUCCCUCUUUUGUUUGUGACACCGUACCUUCCUCAUCCCCAACACCGUGCCUUGUCAUGGGCAUUGGUUCUUGCACGUCGCACCUCUCACAACAGCACCUACAUCCCAUACAGUCGUUUCGAUUCCGGUCGUGGCAGUCCUGCUCCAGAAAUCCAAGAGGGGUUCGCCGAGGACAAGACAUUUGAGAACGACGUGUCGAGCAAUCUCUGGCUCAUGCCUUACGGAUUGAACUUCUCCAGAUCCAUUACAGAGACCGAACAGGUGGUCGUCGACAACAAGACAUUUGAUAGUGACGUGCCGAGCAACCUCUGGCUGGUGCCCUACAGCUUCGAUUUCACCAGUUCCAUUUCAGAGUCGGCAGAAGAGUCUUUUGCAAGUUCGAGUUCUGGGAGUCCGUCAGCACUCCUUCAGUUCUCCGUCCAUUCACAAGGGCAUGACACAACCACCCGUGUUUCCUCACCCGUGAGCACUCACUGGUACAGCGACCUUCGGUUCCAACGAGACGAGCAUGAUGGCGUCCGUCUGCAACAAGCACUGGAGGAGAAGCUGGCAUUGGAGAAUCGGCUUGGUGAGGUGUUGGCCGAGAAUGGAGUGUUGUGGAAGAAAGUCAACACACUUCAACGACUCAUGGCAAUUGGUGUCAUUCGCCUCAGAAAGUCAGAGGUAGAGGCCCAGAAGUGGAAAUCCCUUGCUGGCUACAAGCUCGACGAGUCCUCAGCCAUUCCCGUACCACAUUGGAAACAAGAACCUGCAGCACAAGAUCUGUACGCGGAAAACGAGCGACUGGAGUCCCAUCUAGAACGACAAGAUAGAGCACUCCAUCACACACGCCGAGAGAUCCAUCACUUAGAGGAAGUCGUCGCUGAGAAGGAGACACAAAUCACACUGCUCAACAACGAGAUCGACCAGCUGCACUUGGGCGUCGGGAGAGCAUACGACGUUGUCGAGGUCAUUAUCUUUCGAUUCAACUGGCUCGAGCAGCAUUGCACGGAUCCCAUCGCCACGCAUGAACGGCUCGCAAACCAAAACCUGGCACUCCAACACCAGGUGCAGAAUCUGGAACAUGACUUGGAAGACGCCCAGAACCAAAACAAUGUCCUGGCCAUCGACGACUACGCCCAGCUCGAUGCCCAGAGACACCACCUGCAGAUUGAAAACGCCGAGCUUCGGGCGGAGAAGAGAGAGCUGACGCUUGCCAACACCAACCUGAAGGCCCAGAUGAGAAAGGCGAAGGUUUCGAACAACGUCAAGGGGAUUGCCAAGUCCUGGAAGCUCAAGGUAGAGACCCAGGCUCGACUAAAGAACCAUGAUGAAACGAGAAAAAUCUUCUUGCAGAACUGCUUCAGCAAGACAUUGGAUCAGAACAAGAACGUCGAGUGUGAGGCAACCAGUUCGGGUGAAGAGCCUCAGGCGGAGCUCCGAGAUUAUCACACAGCAAAGGCGACUUGCGACAGCCAGGGUGAUUUCUUCGACCACAAACUGGCACCCUUACCUCACCCCCUUCCGGAAAGUUUCCGUGUGUAUCGGAGCGUCGAAGAAGACGUUGUCGAGGAGGAAGAUGAAGAUGAUAAUGAAGAACCGAACACAGAUGGUGGUGUCCUCGACCUGGUGCGCCUCAUCAACAUGCUGACAAUAGAAGAUGAGUUGGAUCUCAUCACUUGA